AUGUCUUUCGUCCGCGACAGUUACCCCCUCUUCCUUGAGCUUGAUGAAUCUAGAGAAGAUACACAUCUGCGGCUACAUUACUUGUCUUUGAUAUGUAGACAACCCGAUUCGCUGGUCGGCGCUGUCUUGAGAAGAGCCAUGUUAUCAACGGCUGCAUCUCGUCGAUGUGACCCGCCUCUCUGCCUAAUUGCAUCUCCCGUUCUUUGA